AUGACGAAAAGCUCCUCUGAUCCCCCCGAUAUAGCAAGCCAAAGCUCCCCUGCAACAUCUCGACAUGAUGCAGUCGCCGGUCGCUCGAAAACCCCGCCGCCGCACCCUUCGCCGGCCGUGAAGGAGACGGCGGCGUCUGCCUCGUCCGCGCGCCACGUCGGUGCCGGCAACGUCGACGGGCCUCCAGGCACGGCCCAAUCGCCCGAUGCCUGGGCCGCCGACGACAGGGUGCCCAAGCAGGCGACCAGUUCCGUCAGCGCCCUCGCCCAGGCCAAGCACCCCGCCGUUUCCUCCUCGUCGCAGCAUGGGCAAGGUCCGUGGUCCGUCGUAGAAGCCGCCGACGCGGGCCGAGACGGGUCGAGCACGAUGCAGCCGGGUGGCAACGAAGAGGCGAAGAAGAGGAAGCGCGGCUUCUACGCCGAACUCCGUAGGACCUUCUGGCUGGCCUUGACCUACAGCUGGCUCAAUGUCUUGCUCGUCUUCGUGCCCGUCGGCAUCGUCGUGGCCAACAUCAGCGCCGUGCCCGCCGGCGUCGUCUUCGCCAUGAACUGCAUCGCCGUGAUUCCCCUCGCCGGCGUGCUCGCCUUUGCGACCGAGUCGGUGGCGGCGAACAUGGGCGAUUCCCUCGGCGCCUUGCUCAACGUGACCUUUGGCAACGCCGUCGAGCUCAUCAUCUUCAUCGCCCUCGUCAAGGACCAAAUCCGCAUCGUCCAGGCCUCGCUCCUUGGCUCCAUCUUGGCAAACCUGCUCCUCAUUCUGGGCAUGGGGUUUUUUCUUGGCGGGCUGCGCUACCGGGAACAGGUGUACAACAGCACUGUGACGCAGAUGAGCGCUUGCCUGCUGAGUCUGAGCGUCAUCAGUCUCGUCCUUCCGACGGCUUUCCAUGCUUCGUUCAACGACCCCACGCUUGCCGACAAUGAGUCGCUCAAGAUCAGCCGCGGAACCAGCGUGAUCCUGCUGCUCGUCUACGGCAUCUACCUGCUCUUCCAGCUUAAGUCGCACGCGUACAUGUACGAGUCGACGCCGCAGCACAUUGUCGAUGCCGAGUCCGUCCCCGGACCCGCCGCCGCCUGGCUGGACAGCUCGAGCUCCGACAGCAGCUCCGACAGCAGCUCGGAAUCCGACAGCUCCAGCCGCUCGAGGGAGACGAUGCGGCGAAGGAUGAAAAAGGUUCUCCGCGCCGGCCGGAGGAGAAAGUCGUCGACGUCGACGUCCUUCGAGACGGUCGACACGAAGCCUCGCAACGGCUCGGUGGCGACGACGAACACAAACGGCAACGACGAGGUCAUCUCCGAGACGGCGUCGGCGCUGCCUCGCGUCCUCCCUCCCAUCUCGUCGACCGAUGCCAACGAGGAGGCGGCGGUGGACGAGAAGGAUCAUGGCCACCGGCGCCACCGGAGACGCCGCAGGCAUCAUCACCACAAGCGCAAGCACAGGCGACCGGUCGGCGAGGGCGAUGUCGUGGCCGACGGUGGGCCGACGACGGGCGAGUCCUGCCGAGGUGCCAUCCGGGACCGCGACGACGGCGAACCCCGCCGCGUCGACUUUGCCGUUCCGGAGACCGACGGGACCGCCGACGCACCUCCGAAGCGGCCGUUCUCGAACCUGCGCAGCAUAUCGGUCCGAAACCUGGCACCGACCGUCUUCGUCCAGAAACCGGAGGCGCCCGCUCCGGCGGGCCCGGUACCUCGCGUGCGGUACGGCAUCAGACGCACAAACUCGCUGCCCGACAGGUUGGAUCACCAGCAGCAGAUGCAGAUGCGUCCCCCCGGCGCCAUGCUCCCUGCCCACGUGCCGCUCAUGGCGCUCAACGGCGGCGCCGUCGUCCACGGCAACGCCGACGGCGACGAGGCCGACGAGGAGCACCUCAGCCGCGUCGGCUCAGUGAUCCUCCUGCUCGUCACGACGGGCCUCGUCGCCGUCUGCGCCGAGUUUCUCGUCGGCUCCAUCGAAGCCGUCGUCAAGUCGUCGAGCAUCGGCGAGAUCUUCAUCGGCCUCAUCAUCCUGCCCAUCGUCGGCAACGCGGCCGAGCACGUGACGGCCAUCACGGUGGCCAUGAAGAACAAGAUGGACCUGGCCAUCGGCGUCGCCGUCGGGAGCUCGAUCCAGAUCGCCCUCUUCGUCACGCCGCUGAUUGUCAUCCUCGGCUGGAUCACCCACCACGACAUGACGCUGUACUUUACCCUCUUCGAGACCGUCAGCCUUUUCGUCUCGGCCUUUAUGGUCAACUUUCUCGUCCUCGACGGCCGCAGCAACUACCUCGAAGGCGCCCUUCUCUGCGCCGUCUACAUCAUCAUUUCCAUCGUUGCCUUUUUCUACCCCGACGAGAAGCAUUCGAGCCAGUGGGGAGGGUAG